UGAGGCAGGCUCUGUGUAUAUGCAGUUAACACACUGUGUCGCUGUGGGGCCUUUCCGUUUGAGGGAUACAAUCAUAAGGAGCAUCCAUUCGCCUUCAUGCGGACGCAAACACAUAUUCCCCGCUUCCCCAAACCCUAGGCUUUACAGUAAAGGCAGAAGCUCCCGCCGGCAUCCCUCAGUGACAGGAGUCUGACACUUCCGCGGCCAUCAUACUGAGGGGCAAAGCCCUCCACCCUAAAGGCAGUCUCCCUAGCUGCAGCUGUAUCCAUCACACGGUCCUAACCAGGGUACCCAGUUGACCAUCAACCAGAGAUCUAUCCCUUCAUUCAACACAUUCCACAAGUAUGGCUGCUGCUGACCUGCAAGGGAAGUACCAGAAGUUGGCCCAGGAAUAUUCCAAGUUACGGGCCCAGAAUCAGGUGCUGAAAAAAGCUGUGGUCGAUGAGCAAGCCAACUCGGCAGCUUUAAAGGAACAGCUAAAAAUGAAGGACCAAUCCCUGCGAAAACAGCAGCAAGAGAUGGACAGUCUGACGUUCCGAAACCAACAGCUUGCCAAGAGAGUGGAGCUUCUACAGGAAGAACUGUCGCUUCUGGAAGCCAAGGGCAAAAAGUCCAAGAAAAAUGUGGACUCGUCUCAGCUGAGUCAAGAACAAAAGAGUGUGUUUGAUGAAGACCUUCAAAAGAAGAUAGAGGAGAAUGAGAGAUUGCACAUCCAAUUUUUCGAAGCCAGUGAGAAACACAAGCAAAUGGAGGCUGAACUGAGAAAUCGGUUACAAAUACUGGAGAACGAGAGUACUCAGCAUCAAGCGGUAGUGGACGGCCUUACCCAGCGCUACAUGGAAACUAUUGAAAAACUGCAGAGCGACAAAGCAAAGUUAGAGGUAAAGUCGCAGACCCUUGAAAAAGAAGCAAAGGAUUGCAGGCUACGAACAGAAGACUGCCAGAGUCAGCUGAAGAGCCUUCACACAGAUCUGAGCAGUAAGCUGGAAGAAUCCCUUCACAUCAUCAAUGAAAAAGUACCCUUUAAUGAUACCAGAUCAGUCGAAUUCAAUGCCCUGAAUGUGCCUUUACACAACAGACGGCGACAGAUGAAGGCGCGUGAUCUAGCAGGACAGGCCCUGUCUUUCACUCAGGAUCUGGUCGCUGCUCUCCUAAAUUUCCAUACGUACACCGAGCAGAGGAUCCAGAUUUUCCCUGUAGACUCCGCCAUUGGCGUUAUUACUCCAUUGAACCAAAAGUUCUCCCAGUAUCUGCACGAGAAUGCGUCUUACGUGCGUCCUCUCGAGGAGGGAAUGCUCCAGUUGUUUGAGAGCAUCACAGAGGACACCGUUACAGUCCUGGAAACCAGCGUGAAACUGAAAAUAUUUUCAGAACACUUCGCUUCUUAUGUCCGUUUUCUGAAGAAAAUCCUUCCCUAUCAGUUAAAAAGCCUGGAGGAGGAAUCGGAUUGUUCAAUUUGUACAUCUGAGUUACGGACACGAAAUCUAGAACUACAAACGGACAUGAAAAAAAUGAGUGGGGUGUUUGACAAGCUGAAGACAUACAUCACUCUCCUCGCCUUACCAAGCACGCAACCAGAAGGUCUACGAAGAGCCAAUUACAGCUCUAUACUGACCCAGAUUUCUGGGGAUCUCCACAGGCUUCAUGAUAUUACGAGAGAGCUUUCCAAGCACUACAGUCAUAAAGCUGCCGUGGAACAGGAGCUGCCGGCAGCCACCGACAAACUUAAAACAACAAAUGACUGCGUGUUGUCUUCACUCGUAGGUUUAACAAACGCAACCAGCAAGAUCGCAACAUUCUUUAGUAACAACCUGAACUACUUCAUGUCGACUUUAAGUUACGGACCGAAGGAAGCGCUCGGUUUUACGAAUCCUGUGUCUGCAGAAAUGAUGCUGGAGUAUAAGAAGAAGGCAGCCAAGUACAUGAAAGCUCUAAAGAAGCCGUGUCCAGAUUCUGUGCCUUAUGAAGAGGCCUUAGUAAACCAGAGAGUCCUUCUGAGCUCCACUGAAAGCAGAGAAGGUCUCACACAGCAGGUGCAACAAAGCUUGGAGAAAAUAGGAAAACUGGAGCAGGAGAAAGAGCACUGGAUGCUGGAGGCACAGUUGUCCAAGAUAAAAUUAGAGAACGAGACGCUCAGGAUAGCCGAAAUAUUUAAGAAUACAGACAAAAAUCCACUGCUUGAAACAUUGCAGGAAAAUGCGCUGUUAGUAAAGGCAGCUGAACACCCGAAGGGCAACUCCAUGGAAACAAAAAGUACUACUUUGAUUGGCAUGCUAACAAGCACGGAAAAUCGGCAGGUGUCCGAUCACGAUUCCAGGGAAAGCCUGAUAAAAAAUCAUUACAUGGGGAGGAUAGCAGAGCUGACAACACAGCUUCAGCUGGCGGACAGCAAAACCGUGCAUUUCCAUUCCGAGUGCCGCGCACUUGCUAAGAGAUUAGCUUUGUCAGAUAAAUCCAAUCAAAGCCUAACAGAGGAUGCAAAGUCAGCCAGUCAAUGCAUCAGCAGAUUACAGGAUGAACUAAUUACAACUGAGAGGAGUUAUGAGGACCAGUUAAGCAUGAUGAGUGAUCAUCUUUGUGUUAUGAAUGAAACAUUAUCAAAACAAAGGGAAGAAAUUGAUACUCUAAAGAUGGCUGGCAAGGGAAAUUCCAAGAAGAACAAAAAUCGGUAGUAUGGUUGCAUACAGCGGCCUCUGUCUUACUCGAUAAGGAUGGCCGGUGUCCGUCUGUCCCUGUGAUGUAUGUGAAUCUGAUUCUUCCUGCUGAAUGGGCCUUGCUACGUUUUACAUAUGUUGGUCCCUUCAGCAGCAAAGUAUGUGACACACCUGCGUCUUUAUUGGAAAUCGUGAAACAUGUUUGAAUAUUACGUACACUCCGUAAUUUACCUCUGAAUUCCUUUUCGGGGCUGUUUUUACUUUGCACUUUUUUUUUAAAGAAAGUUUUAAUUUUGUUACACAAUAGCUUUAAUUUCUUUUGUUUGGACUCCCCAGCUUCCUUUAUAAACCAAUGCGUUUAAUACACAUCGCUGUAUGUUUAUUUUUCUUAAGAGACUUAUAUUAAGUUGUAUGGUGCUUCUUGCUGUAAAUGAAAUAUCGGCUCCAAAAUGGAAUGAAUUGACUCUUCCACUCAGUUCAUGCUCUGUUGAAAAACAAAACAAACUUCAUGUCUGGUUAUUCCAAAAAAUUAAGAUGUUUAACAAUAAAUUCUUAAAAAAAAAAAAAAAAAAAA